ACAAGUAACCAUGAACCAUUCUUCCUCGCAACUUGUUCCAUUUUUCUUCCUUCCUCAUUCCUCACUUCCGUCCCGAAAAUGGCUUCAAGUGGCGUUGCGGGAACUUCCACACCCGAAUUCUACCAGAACGUCGUCGUAAUGCGUCACGGCGAUCGCAUCGACAACUUCGAACCCAUGUGGGUGUCCACCGCUACCCGACCCUGGGACCCACCCCUUAUCCAACAGGGUCGGGUCCGAGCCUUCGCCACGGGUCGCAAGUUCCGCAACAACCUCCCUUUCACUCUCCACCGCGUCUUCGUCUCUCCCUUCCUCCGAUGCAUCCAAACCGCCGCCGAAGUCGUCGUUGCACUCUCUGCCAUCGCCGCCGGCGACGACCCCAACGUCAUCGUCGGCGAUGACGUCCCAAUCGAUCCCUCCAAACUCAAGGUCUCUGUUGAAUAUGGGUUAUGUGAAAUGAUGAGCAGGGACGCUAUCAGACUUGAGGUGGCUCCUAAAGAUGGAAAUUGGGGCUUUGAUGUAUCAGAGCGUGAGGCCAUGCUUCCGGCUGGGACAGUGGAUAAGAAUGUGGAACGGGUCUAUAAAGAGUUGCCCAAGUGGGAAGAAGAUCCCAAUUUGCACACAAGGCCUAGAUAUAAGCAAAUAGUUAAAGACCUUGCAGACAAAUAUCAUACUGAGAACUUGCUGCUUGUCACACACGGGGAAGGUGUUGGGGUGGCUCUUUCUUCAUUCAAAAAGGAUGUUACAGUGUACGAAGUUGAUUACUGUGGAUACGUCCAACUUAGACGCCCAAUUUUCAAGAAAGACCAGUCAUUUACUGCAGGAGAAUUUGAAGUUCUUAAUCACAAUGGUCAAACUGGCGUAAAUUUCAUCCCAAAUUAAUGGCCAUCUUCAUGUCUUAGGCCUGAUUCUCACUACUACUCUACUCUGGCUACUUCAUAUUUGAGUCCUCCAAAGUCCAAAUGACUCCUCUAUUGUGAAUGCUUGAUUGAGUAGGAAAAUUUAAACACCAUUAUUCUUCAAUCAUAGGAUAUUUGAUUUUCCUUGAUUAAAUAGUAAACAUAGGAGGAAAAUAAAUAGUACUAUAGCUUUAUUCUUCUGCUUAAUUCAGAAUAAGUUAAAAGAUACAUUACUCUAUGCAUUUACUGAAAUUUUGGUAUAUGAUAGAACUCAAUGGUGAAGAAUGAUCUGUGUAGGCAAUUCUACUUAUGAGAAAAGGCUUGGUUUGUUAUUGUUAUAAUGUUAUAUUUAGUAUGUUAAUCA